UUUAAAGUUUUUUUUAUAGUGACUAAAAUUUACACUUAACUGUUGAGAUUGUUUGGUUUGUUAUGAUUGUUGGCUCAUGAUUAAGUGAUCUGAUAUUAAAACAGCUCUGAAAACAGCUCUGAAAGAAAAUACAUAACUAUGUCUUCAUUUUCAAGUUCACAACUGGAGAAAAAAUUAAAAGUUUUAACUAUGUCACAACAGAGUAUUCAGACGCUAUCUUUAUGGUGCAUUCAUCAUCGAAAACACUCAAAGAAGGUUGUUCAAACCUGGUUUAAAGAGCUUCAAAGAGUUAAACCACAAAGAAAACUGAUCUUUGUAUACUUGGCAAAUGAUGUCCUUCAAAAUAGUCGAAGAAAAGGUACAGAGUAUAACAAAGAUUUUGGAACAAUACUACCUAAUGCACUAAUGCAUUGUGCUGAGCACUGUGAUGAAAAAACUAUAGAAAGUCUUAAGAGAAUUUUAUCAAUAUGGUUGGAAAGAAAUGUAUACAAUGAAACUAUGAUUGCUAGAAUGUCAUCAUGUUUAGAAAAUAAACUAGGUUUUGAAGAUGAAAUCAGUACAACACCACCUAUCGAACAAAUGCCCACAGAAACAAAAGAAAAUUUGCAGUUAAAUGAAAUUAAAAAACUAACAGUUCCUCCUACACCUCCUGAUCCUGAUGAAUUAGUUAAGCGAUUGCAGGAGCUAGAAAAUUCAGCUACUCAGGAUGCAGUUGUUCGAGAAAAAAUAGCUAAUCUUCCUAUAGAGGUGACAAAUCCAUCAUAUAUAGAAAAAGUAGACGAUCUAGCAUCAGCAAAAAUGCUUCAAGAUAAAAUUGAUCAGGCUUGUGAAUUAUUAGCUGAUUAUAACGCUCGGCUUGCAAAUGAACAAAAAGAUCGACAGACAGCUCAAAAAAUGUUGCAAGAAUAUACAGCUUCUCAGAAAUAUGAGUUAGCAAUAGCUGGAGAAAAAUUAGUGGAAUACGAAGCAAAGUUGAAAAAAGUUAAUGCAGUAAAACAGGAGUUGCAAUCUCACUUAGAAAAUCUUCCUGAUAUGUCUAAAUUGCCUGAUCCUAUUCCGCUUCCUUCACCUGGUGAUCUCUUUUCACCUGGAAAGUUAAAAUAGGUGUUCUUCUGUUAACGGACAUUAUUGAUGCUGUUAACGCAAUUGGACUUCUCUGCGAGUUGUUCAUUCCUUCUGCUUUUCAGUCGGCUAUUGAUUAAUGUGUCGGCGUACAUGGUAAUGUGUCGGCCUACAUGUUAAGUGAUUUGAUCAAUUUUGUAUAUCAAAAUCUUAUAUAUCAAAACUUAUAUAUACCAAUAGUAUCUUUGUACAAUAAAAGUUUAAAAGAUAUUGAGAUCUAAACUA